AUGUCGCACGCACCGUUGACCGACGACCAAGUCGGUCAGGAGCUCCGCAAGAUGACGGCCUUCAUCAAGCAGGAGGCGAUGGAAAAGGCCCGCGAGAUCGAGAUCAAGGCCAACGAGGAGUUCGCAAUCGAAAAGUCCAAGCUCGUCCGCCAGGAGACGGACGCCAUCGACACCCAGUACGAGAAGAAGUUCAAGCAGGCCCAGAUGUCGCUGCAGAUCACCCGCUCCACCGUCACCAACAAGACCCGUCUCAAGGUCCUCGGCGCCCGCCAGGAGCUCCUCGACGACAUCUUUGAGGAUGCCCGUAAGAAGCUCGCCGCCGCCACUAAGGACAAGGCCAAGUACCAGGGCAUCCUCAAGAACCUUGUCCUCGAGGGCCUCUACGCCCUCAACGAGCCCGAGGUCCAGAUCCGCGCGCGGAAAGCCGACUAUGACGCCGUCAAGAAGGCCAUCGAGGAGGCGACCAAGGAGUACAAGAAGGAGGUUGGCAAGGACACCGCGGCCAAGAUUGACGAGUCCGAGCCCCUGCCUGCGGAAAGCGCCGGAGGAAUCUUCAUCAUUGGUGGACAAGGAAAGAUCGAAAUCAACAACACAUUCGAGGAGCGUCUAAACCUUCUCCAGGACACCUCUUUGCCCGCCGUGCGACAGACUCUGUUUGGAAAGAACCCCAACCGCAGAUUCACCGACUAA